AUGUCCAACGCGUUCGCCCGCCCGGGCGUCGCGUACCUUCUCAGAGGUGCCAUGUAUCUCUCUCUGACCGAUAAAUCCAACGCCGCGUCGUUGAUCACCCUGCGCGGUCCAUCUUUCUCCGUCCCGAAAGCCUCUGGCUUUGUCCCGCUGGGAGUUGAGGCGAAUGAACCGAACGCGCAAGAGCUCGUAAACGCCGUGGACAGAUUCUACGACUCUUUAAACAUCGGUAGCAGCGGCGAGAGCGACCCCGGGGUGAUCUUCGCGGGCGCAGGCGAGCCUUUAUUGAGAAAACACGUCCUCCUUGAGGCGGUGCGGGAGAUUCGCGAGCGCAGACACGGCGCGCGCCUGAGAGUUUCCACAAAUGGUUUACACGACCUGGAAACGUGCGAUGAAUUGUUUAACGCGGGUUUGCGGGAGGUUUCCGUGUACGUGGCGAGUGCGAAUCCGGAGGAGUACACGCGACUCAUGGCGCCAACCGACGGACGUGGGCUCGGCGACGCGUUGCAGUUCGUGGAGCGCUGCUCUUCAAACGGGAUAGAGGUGGAGGUGACGUGCUCCAAGGCCCCCGGGGUAGACUUGGGGGCGGUACGAGAGGUGGCGAUGGCGUGCGGGGCUGUGAAAUUUCGCGAGCGCGAAUAUUUUCAGUGA